UCUCUCGCUCUCUUCGCAGUCGCUCUGUAUGUGUGCGAACAUUCGUUUGGCGUAUACGGAACACUGUUUGUCUGCGUUUCGUUUCUAGCUGACGCGCGUGUUGUUGUGCUGUGAGUUGUGUUUGCUGCACGAAUCUCGUUCGUCGGUCUUUAAAUUCGGGUCGAAAACUAUCGAAAAGGAAGCGGGUGGCCAUGAGCAAGAGCAAUAUGGAGAUAUUGUUGCUGCGGGCCGUGGCCAAGCAGCCACCGCUGUAUGAUCGCACAUCUGACAAUUACAGGAAGCGACUUCCCUGCGAGAAUUCCUGGGACAUCGUGGCCUCGGAAACAGGAGAGUCGGUUAACAAUUGCAAGAGGCAGUGGCGCCAGCUUCGGAACAGCUACACACGCUAUGUCAACUUAAGUUCCCAACGGAAACGGAACGGACAGCGACGCCUAUCAUAUCCUUUAGCGGAGGAACUGAAAUUUCUGGACCCCCACCUGCAUCUGGCCGACGACGGCAGCGAUUUGGAAAGGGACAGCGAAAGCAGGGACACGUCCUUAGAUCGAACGCAUAGAGCCCAUGUCAUAACUGCCGACAAGGCACCUGAGGAUAUAAGGUCAAGGCAAGAUCGCGAGAAGGUCGUCUCUCAAACGAAGAAAACCGCUGUGGAAAACCAGGACAAAGGGGCAGCUAAAGAAAAUUCGCUUGAAAAGGUUUUGGAAAAACCCGAUACAGUCACAACAACCGACAACUUUCUAACUUCAGACACCGAAGCUGAAGUGAAUGUGGAGGAAAACUCUGAGGCAGAGUUGACUGGCUUCGGUUUUAAUUCGGAAGCAUCGUUCCAAGAACCGCAGACUGCAACCUCGGAGAAGCCAUCAGAAGGCGAUUCUGUCGAAUCUCCCGCCAGUCAGUCCGAAUUUUUUAUAAAACAAAACAACGAUCCACACUUACUCAUCAUAGGUAAGAAAAGGGCCAACAUUGCGAUGGACGAUUCGCGGGAUCCCCUCGACGGGAGUGAUGAUGACAGCCUCCCGUCCCCUAGUCGCCGAGCACGUCGUCCCAUCCGAGCAUCCAUGAGCAUAAAAGAUAUGCCCAUCCGCAGGUCGGAAAUGGGCCAGCGGCUUACUCGCUUACAGCGCCGCAAAUCGCUUGGGGGCGUUUUGCAGAGGAAUUCCCCAUCUCCGGUCAAGUUGUCGCCGGUGCCUAGGACCUCUCUACCCAACAAGCAGGGCCCAGUUAUGGUAAAGACGAUCGCCAGCUCGCGGGACGACAUAUUCCCCCGACCUGCGCCCUUAGAAAAUGUCCUACAGAAGAGGGGCGUGGGUAGACCAAAGAAGGUUAUGCAACCGUUGACCCAAAGAAUGAAGGAUUUGAUGGACCAGCAUCAAUCGCAGUCCCCGACAUCAUCGGCCCAGCCGUCUAUAUCAGUCCAACCGAAGUCGGCAAUGGUUUCCAAAACCAAUACCAGUGGGGGUACCAUUACUCCAAGCUCUAUGUCGAUCAGCAGCACUACUAACCAGAAAACACCUGAGAACGUAACCAUGGUGACUUUCAGCCCCAUAACUACUACUAUUAGCCCCCCUGUUAGUUCCCCUAACAGCCAGGCUUCCAAUACCUCUGUUGGCACAGUUUUAACUCCAAUGGUCGGGAUUAAUUCCACAGCAACACCCCUAGCGGUGCAACCCUACAAGACCUUGACGAAGCGGUGUGAACGUAGCUCUCAAACGGAAAGCCAGGAGCUCAACACUGACGAGAAAUUCCUGGAGAUGAUCAAACCCCAAAUGAUGGAGAUGAAUCCUCGCCAGAAGAUGAUGUUCAAGAAGAAGGUGUUCCAAUCGCUCAUGGAGACCUUCGAUGAUGCCACUGACUUUCCAGAGGCCGGAGAGCUGCAGCAUUUCAACAUUAACACUCCGUCUGGCUUUGAGCACGUUUCGGAUCCGGAGCUGCGACUGGUUAGGGAGUUGGUUAGCCUGGUGUGCGCGGCCAAGGUGACUUCUAGGCAGCCGUCACCUCGAGAGCCAUCUCCAAGCGCAUCCCCAGCCAGUGCCGGCGGAAAGACUGCACCAUCAGAAGUGCCGCGCCAAACUCGGGUUAUGCCCCGUCAAAUGGUUCAGAGGCUUAUUAAGCCGGGCUCGUCAGUAGAGGUGACGACCACUCCCAUCAUGACCGGACCGGGGCAUGAAAAGAAGCUUUACCGCAUCCUUCAGAUGAAUGGCAAGCCAAAUGGUUAUAUAAGCGCUUCGUUGGACGAGUUACGCCCCAGGGAAUCUUCCGAGAGUGGUACAUCUGGAGCCAUCAAGGUGGUGCAUCCCACCGUCGUCAGUCCCCGGGCAACAUCCGUUGUGGCGGCUGUAAGACCCCAAGGCUCUACGAUGAACACCUUCUUCGGCCAGCCGCCCAGUGUGUCGGCCAUUAAGGCUGCUCAGCCAGGAAAGGUUCGUAUGUCUCGCCGCUACUCCGUUUGCGGCAAUACUCCUCCGGUGCCACCUAGUGGCCAGAUGCCCGCCAACGCGAGUUCUCUCAACUCCAACCUAAACCCCAUGGAGGCUGCCAUUCUGAAGCGUCGCCUCAUAGCUCCCACCCAGGGAAUGGUGCCGCCAUCGCAGCGACCCCGCUACUCUGGACAACUGGGCUCACCCAAUGGGAACAGUUUGCUGGUGCGGAAGCCACUUGGCGGAAGUGUAUCCGGCAUUAAUAAGCAACUUUCGCCCAUCAGCGGAUCGUCGGCUCCGACAAAGACCCCACAGAUCACCAAUGUCCAGGGCAGCGCUUUCAACGACUUUGUGCAGCCGGCCAGCAAGGCUAGUACUGGAUCAUCCGUGCCUUCGAGUCCGGGCGUGGGAGACGUCAGCUCACCUAAAGCGGCCAUGAAACGCAGCAUGGUCGUGGCCAGCACCAAGAACACUGUGCAGACCGAGCAGCAGACCAGUUCGCGCCAGAGUCGCAGUGAUUCGACAGAGACAGCGGCCACCAUUGCUGCCGACGAUUUCUCCCUGGGCAGCCUGAAGCGGGAGCCACUAGAUCACUUGGACGAUCAGGACAUUCUGGGCAUCUAA